AUGUGGUAUUAUCUACUACAGACGCAUUGUAAAGGAAACCCAAAGCUGAACUUCCACAGGUACACGAUUAGAGCUCUUGAGGAUGAUUUCAAACAUGUUGUUGGUAUUAGUUGGAUGGCACUCAUAUUUCUGGAUAGCAUUCAUUCCCUUCAUCUGGGAACAAAGUUGGAGCAUGUGAUAUCAAAGUUAGCUCACGAAGUUGCAGAAAAGCAUGUAGCCAUUGAAGGAGACUUAGUGAAUGCUUUCGAGAUUGCCUUCUUCUUUUGGAUUUGGGUUACGUACGGCUUUGAUUCAUGCGUAAUGGGUCAAGUGAGAUACAUUGUUCCAAGAUUGUUGAUUGGGUACAUCUACUGUUCUUCAGCGGGUGUUUACCUGAAAUCUGAUAUCUUGCCACAUUGUGAGGCACAAGGGGAAGCUAGAGACAGCGAGCUUACUGCAAUCAAAAGGUGUAAACUAGACUCUAUACGUCCUGUCUACAUCUACGGUCCAUUAAACAACAACACCGUUGAAGAAUGGUUCUUCCACUGCCUCAAAGUUGGUCGCCCUAUCCCAGUCCAAACUCUGGCAUCCAAGUCUCAUAACUCGGACUUCGCAACAGCCUUUCUCGCCGUGCUUGGUAACGAGAAAGCCAGCAGAGAGAUAUUCAACAUCUCAGGAGAGAAGUAUGUCACAUUUGAUGGCUUAUCAAGAGCUUGCGCUAAGGCUGGUGUGUUUCCAGAGCCAGAGAUUGUUCACUACAACCCUAAAGAGUUUGACUUUGUGAAGAAGAAGGCUUUCCCUUUCCGUGACCAGCAUUUCUCUGCGUCGGUGGAGAAAGCAAAGCAUGUCCUUCGAUGGAAACCAGAGUUUGACUUGGUAGAUACUACCCAUUCUGCAGUAUUCUGUGGCCAACAAACCAAAGCACAGAAGAGGAUUCAUCAUAAGAAAUUCAAAAUGGUGACGUAUGAAGCUAUGAAGGAGACUGCUUCCAUGUGGCUACAAGAGAGGUAUUUCCGCAGGAUGCAAGGUGAUAAUUAA